AUGUCCAAGUAUCAGCCUGUCGCUAAGCCCAUUCCUAUCAAGGUCAACUCCAAGAAUGGUGGUUCCCGUCCCAACUACAUCAUCUUCAUGCCUGAUCAACUCAGGUAUGACUCUCUCGGAUGCACAGCCCCGGACGGGACGGCCCAGGUCAGAACGCCAAAUAUCGACGCCUUUCGUCGCCGCAGCACGCUCUUUACCAAUUGCUUCACUCAGGCAUCUACUUGUUCACAGUCCAGGUGUAGCAUGUUUACCGGGUGCUAUCCUCAUGUUAGCGGCCACCGCAGCAUGAAUAACCUUAUAAAGCCCUGGGAAGGGAACCUUUUUCGCAGUAUGAAGGAGGACGGCUACCACGUCGCAUGUCUUGCUCCUCGUGGUGAUACCUUUGCUCCCACGGUAACGGAGCUCAGCCUCAACGAGUAUGGUUUUCUUGAGACGCCCGACUAUAUGCCUGGAUUUGCAGGCAAGUUCGGGUCUCCAACGGAGCCCAAGGAGGAUAUCUGGUCGCGUCUAUUUUACAGGGGACUUCGCGAUGUGAAUAAGAUCCUCGAUUAUGACGAGGCUGCUGUUCGAUCGGCAAUCCGGUGGCUAGACUGCCCACCGGAUGACAAACCUUGGGUUCUUUUCCUCCCACUUGUCUUCCCUCACUGCCCUUUCCAGGUAGAAGAGCCUUACUUCUCUAUGUACGACCGCAAGUCAAUGAAGGAGGUGGUGAGUAGACAUGAGCACAAGACAGGUUACGAGCCGAAAUAUAUGAAGGCGAAUCGCGAUCGGUAUAGGACCGAGCGUGCAACAGAUGAGGUCUGGAAGGAGAUCAAGGCGACAUAUUACGGCAUGAUCACUCGACUCGAUGAUCAAUUCGGCAGGAUUUUGAACAAAGUAGACGAACUUGGUCUAUGGGAGGAUACGGUGACGAUGUUCUUUACAGAUCAUGGGGAAUAUCUCGGCGAUCAUGGUAUGAUCGAGAAGUGGCCGUCAGGCCUUGGGGAGACCAUUGUUCAUGAACCACUGAUCGUCGGCGGUGCAGGCUUGCCAGAGGGUAACACGAUCAGUGCAAUGACAGAAAUGGUCGAUCUUGUACCUACUGUGUUUGAGCUCUCAGGCAUCGCCGAGACAUUCAUGCAUAACGGCAAAUCAUGGGUCCCGUUGCUCAUCGGAGGCGAGACUAAACACAAGGACUAUGCAUUUUCAGAAGGUGGCUUCUUACUCUCAGAAGAACCUCUGCUUGAACAAGCUCCUUAUCCAUACGACAUCAAGACGGCCCUCCAGCACGAGGAUACGACGCUCGUGGGCAAAGCAAUCUCUCUUCGCGAUGAGGAUUAUUACUACGUCUAUCGACUAUAUGAGCCUGCUGAGCUUUAUGAUCGUCACAAGGAUUUGGCCGAAAUGCAUAACCUUGCAGAGGUACCAGAGUAUGCAGACAUUGUCAGCAAGUAUGAGAGGGUCGUGCUGCGCUGGCUCGUUGGCGGCAGUGACUUCAUGCCGUUUCAAGGAGAUCCUCGCUUCCCACCGAUUGAGCUUAAGUCGCCCAAGGAGCAGAUGGAGGAGCGUUUGGCCAAAGUAGGGAAUAAACUGAAGGAAUCAAGGAAAGAGAUUGCGGUGGGAGCGGCUUGA